AGGGAUGUAGCGCUGCGUCUCUUGGUCUAGCGCCCAUCCGAAGAGAUUUUCUUAGAGCGCUGGGGUGUGCACGCGCGCGUGUUGAAAAAAGAGGCGCAGUCGAUGAAGCGAGACGAAAGCAUCCAUACCCCGACCCCGCGCCGACCCUAUAGAGCCCUUAGGGCAUACUCUCGGGUCACUUGUCGCGCAGAUAUCGUGCGCAGACCGGCCCCUAAACACAGUGAUCGUCAUCUUCGGGCUCAUAGAAACUCAGUUAUUAGUUCACCGCUUAAGUGUCCGCAAUGAUGGCCUCUCCACAGCUACAUCACCAGUACGGCAAUGCGCAAUCGCAGAUGAGUCCGUUGAAUUUACUAGCGGCUUCUUGUACCAGGGUGUACCAGCAUCAACCUUAUGCACAUCCACAAGUCUCACCAGCUUCGACGACCUCCUGCAGCAGUGAUGGAUAUGUUUCUCAAGUGCCUCUGGAAACUUCGCGUUCUCCUUUGGAAUAUUCACCGCAUUAUCAAAGCCAUUAUGGUUACGGCAAUCAGUAUUGGUUUCAACACUCACCUCCACCGGCGGAUACCGCCACCAGUGGUUUUCAACCUCAGACACCCGCAAAUAUUCAACACCAUCAUCAUCACCAAGUGUCCGCGCAAUACCACACCGGAAUGUCUGCGCAGUGGCACCCACAGAGUAGUUACAUGAGUUUUCCUUAUCAAACCAUCAUUAAACCAGAGAUGUCAGUCUCUGAAUUCCCUACAAGUUUCGUCAAAGGCCGUCGGUGUAUAAAGUGUCAGUGUCCGAAUUGUAUCGGUGAAGAAAACGGUACCAGAAAGCCGUCGGCAAAGAAAACUCACGUCUGUCAUUACCCCGGUUGUGAUAAAGUGUACGGCAAAACCUCGCAUCUUCAAGCGCAUCUUCGAUGGCACACUGGUGAGCGCCCCUACGUGUGCAACUGGCUCUUCUGCGGGAAACGUUUCACCCGUUCGGAUGAACUCCAACGACAUCUUCGUACACACACGGGUGAGAAACGUUUUGCGUGUCCGGUGUGCAGCAAGAGAUUUAUGCGCUCUGACCAUCUUGCCAAACACGUGAAAACGCACAAGAACGGCAAGUCGGAGAAAAAAUCGGCGAAGACGACGCCCGUGGUGAAAACCGAAAUAGUUGAUCAGAAACCCAUUCUGCUACCCACGAUGACGACGCCACAGGCGCCACCACAAAUCGUAAAUCACGCCAGCCAUUUGGCUUCCAAUCCGCCGCAAACGGUCAUAAACUCGCUUUAUAGCGGCUACGGUGGUUUCUAUUACAACAUGCCCGAACAAUGAUUGCAGAAGUGAUAACAUGUGAGCGCGAACAAAAACGCUAACGUCGUGAAGAAGAGAAGGAAAAAACUUUAACGCCGUCAGCUUAACGACUGUGCCGCGGCGGCGUGUGCGAAAGCAAAAAGUGUUAUAUUCCAUUCCCGAAAAAUGCAAUAAUUUAAGGGACCAGUGCCAUUGCUAAUGCAACUU